UUUCAGGAAACUGUGGUGAGAGGGUGGAGGUAUAUAAUGGGCAGUGGGUCUCCAGCUCCCCACAGUCAGCACCAUGUCGCUCCUAACACAGGUCAUCCUCGCUUCAGCUCUGGCUUUGGCCGCGAGUCAGUGCCCCAGUGAAUUCUUCGAGGCCGGCACUAAUUGCUACGCUGUCAUCGACGAACCGGGUUCAAACAUAACGUGGAGUGAGUGUCGCACCCUCUGCCAGGGACUGGCCUUCGAUGCUUGGAGCGUCGACCUCGCCACCUUCGACAAUGCUGAGCAACUGGAAGCCUUCUCAAUCGCCUGGCUCACAGAAACCGCCAACUAUGAUCCCUACCCCUACAUGUGGAUUGGCGUUAGCAAAGUUGACGGAGCAUGGCAGUCGCUGGAUGGAACGCCUCUAUCCCUGCAGAGCAACAUGUGGGGUCAAGGUCACCCACACGAGAUGGGAAUGACGGCGUUCCUCGACGACGUUACCAUGGCAAACGACGAGGAAUCCUAUGGUCGUCAGUACUUCCACUGUUCCAUGGGCAUGUACGAGUACCACCGACGCUGCCUGUGUAGAGCCCAAUAGUUGCUGGACUGGUUGGCCACGCAAGACUGUCACCUCCCUGGGGAGUUUUUUUUUAAGUCUUUCACGUAAUUUUUUAAAUAUCCCAUCAGCAAAUGAUAAUGCAAAUUAAUUUGUUGUCACAACAUCGACACUGAUCGCGUUAUUCCAAGAUGUAAUUAAUAAUUUGAUAGGCACAUAUAUAGCCUUGUUAUUCAUUAAUAAACAAUUAAUAAAACUUUUCUCAGUA